GUCUGCCUGUAAAUUCAGUUCGUUAUGAUUCCUUUUAAUGUAAUGUAAUGCGCCGAAUCACAAAAUAGAUGAAAAUUUGUAAUAUUUCGUAUUAUGCGGGUGGUUUUUACGUGCCGAUCUAACAGUGUAGUUUCAUAUGUGCAAUACACACCUCCGGAUAGUAAUAUUUCGAAUAAAUUACAGAAUUAAACAAGAGGAAAACAAAAAUCGGAAAACAAACACCGAUUCCCGGACACAUAACCUCAAUUUAUCGGAAAUAAAUACAAAAAAAAAACAAACCGAAAAUCAGAAAAGUGUUGUACGAUUUUCCGUGGACAGACAAUAAAUUCGGAACAGAAUAGUUGAGCUCAAUUUUCUCAUUUAUUUGUUAAGAUCCUUUUUCGUGUUCAAGUAAAUUGUGUUAUUUUGUGUAAAAUCGAUAAGAGAUGAUAUUUACAGCAUAAGCUACAGGAACCAACAAAAAAAAAUUGUCCAAAGAAAGACCAGCCGAGUGUGUAGUACACUAAUAAUAUUGCUGUGAUCGGAUUCGGAUUUCAUUUAUUUAUAUUUUUACGAAUAAUUUUUGUUCCAUUCUAUAUCUAAAACAUGUGUUGGUAUAGUACUAGUCGAAAGUUUAUUUUUAAAAUAUUUGUGGCGUGUUUUUUAGUUCAAUUUUGUGUGUUCGUACAAGGUGGCAAAGGCAUUAGCAAUAAUUAUACAAUCGUCAACAACGGUACCAAAUUGUCCAAAGGAUACAAUUCAGAUGCAACAAAUAAUCAGUCAAAGUGCUCAGAUAGACAAUUUCGUUGCGGAAACGGUGAUUGUAUACACUCAAGUUAUGUGUGCGAUUCUCAGAUAGAUUGCGAUGACGGAAGUGACGAGUUUUCUGAACUGUGCAAUUCAACUUAUACUCAAUGUAAACCGGAUCAGUUUAAGUGUAAAAACAACAGAUGUAUACCUUUAAGAUGGCAAUGUGAUCAAGAAAGUGAUUGUGGUGAUGGCUCGGACGAAGAUUCAGCACUGUGCAAGCAUAAAACAUGUACAUCGGAAGAGUUUGCUUGCAAAAACAAUGAAGGCGAAUGUAUACCAUUAGCAUGGAUGUGCGACCAAAACGACGAUUGCACUGAUGGAUCGGAUGAAGCCGCAUGCAAUGAAACCUGCCGCUCCGAUGAAUUCACUUGCGGCAACGGUCGUUGUAUACAGAAACGCUGGCGCUGUGAUGGUGAUGAUGACUGUGGCGAUCAGAGCGAUGAACAAGGAUGUCCACCAACUACCUGUCCGCCGGAAACGGACUUUAAAUGCUCGGAUAAUUUUUGCAUCACCAACAAAUGGCGUUGUGAUGGGGAACCUGAUUGUCCAGACGGAUCGGAUGAACGAGGUUGCAAUAACACCGUUCGUGCUGUUUCGCUAUGCCUACAAACCGAAUUCCAAUGCAACGAUCGUAUCACAUGCAUUCACAAAAGCUGGCUUUGUGAUGGCGGCGUAGACUGUCCGAAUGGUGACGAUGAAAAGCCACCACAUUGUCAAAAUGUUACGUGUCGUCCCGAUCAAUUCCAGUGCAAAGACCGCACUUGUAUACCCGGUCAUUUGAUGUGUUCCGGAAAAGCAGAAUGUGCUGAUGGAAGCGACGAAUUCAAUUGCACCAUGCCAAUGCGAAAAUGUGAUCCAAAGACCGAGUUCGACUGUGGUGGUGGCAUGUGCAUACCUAAUUCCAAAGUGUGUGACUCGAAAAUAGAUUGUCCGGACUCACAGGAUGAACCUGUCAGUAAAUGUGGCAUUGAUGAAUGUAGACAGCGUAAUGGAGGUUGUGAACACAUAUGCGUAGAUACUCCAGCUUCUUUCUAUUGCGAGUGUCGAUCUGGCUACAAAUUGGUAAAUAACAAGACAUGCGAAGAUAUUAACGAGUGCAGCGAUCCUGGGGCCUGUUCGCAGACUUGUAUUAAUGAAGUCGGCAGCUUCAAGUGUGAAUGCGGUGCUGGCUAUAUGCGUGAUCCAAGACACCAUACCCGAUGCAAAGCAACGGAAGGUCAUGCGUCGUUACUGUUUGCCCGUCGUCUAGAUAUUAGAAAAAUUGCGUUGGACCACAAUGAAAUGACGUCGAUUGUAAACGAUACGAAAUCGGCCACAGCUCUCGACUACGUAUUCCGAACGGGAAUGAUUUUCUGGAGCGAUGUGUCCGAACAGAAAAUCUACAAAGCACCCAUCGACGAGGGCAAUGACCGGACCGUCGUUGUCAAGGAUCAACUGGUUACGUCGGACGGUUUGGCCGUUGAUUGGAUCUACAGUCACAUUUACUAUUCGGACACAAAGAAGUGUACGAUCGAAGUGACCAAUUUUGACGGAAAUAUGGGCAAAUCGUUGAUUAAGGACGACUUGGAAAUUCCGCGUGCAAUCGCUCUGGAUCCGUUGAACGGAUGGAUGUACUGGACCGAUUGGGGAUCAUCGCCGCGUAUUGAACGUGCUGGCAUGGACGGCACACAUCGACAAGCGAUCGUUAGCAGUAAUGUAAAGUGGGCGAAUGGUUUGACUUUGGAUCUAGUAAGAGAACGGGUGUACUGGGUUGACGCUAAAUUGCAUGUGAUUUCAUCGUGUAACUAUGACGGUUCGGAUCGCAGGGUGAUUCUGUAUUCGUCAGACAAUUUGAGACAUCCGUUCUCCGUAACGACAUUCGAGGAUCAUAUUUACUGGACCGAUUGGGAUAAAGCAGCUGUGUUCAGAGCAAAUAAAUUCAAUGGAGACAAUGUGACUGCUAUCACCCCACUGAGAAUGCUUCAGCAUCCAAUGACCAUCCAUGUAUACCAUCCAUAUCGUCAACCAGACGGUAUAAAUUAUUGUCAAGCAGUCAACGGCCACUGUUCGCAUCUCUGUCUUCCCGCUCCGAAAAUCAACAACCGAAGUCCUCAGAUAUCGUGUGCAUGUCCGACCGGUUUGAAACUAAUGGAUGAUGGCCUGAUGUGUGUGGAAGACGACACGACAACAACAACAAAGUUCCCAUCCACCACAUACCGUGGUCGAAUAAAAACAACGACCACUUUGCCACGAUCGGAUAAAACAACAACGACACCACCACCAAAAAUAUUCGGUAUGCCGACCAAAUACCCUAAGAAAACAAGCAUUGAACAUCAAUCGCCUUAUGACAAUGAUACUGAAAAGCACCGUCUCAAUAAGCCAACGAAUAGUAGCGGAACAAAUCAUUUGGUGCCUCCAUCGUUUCAUUCUCCUUCUUUUGUAAAUAAUACCCAUGGUUCAUACCUGUACGCUUUUUGCUUGAACCUAACCCAAUCCUCGUCACACAAAUAUCGCAUCAAAUCGCCAGCAUCGCCAUCAUCAUCAUCAUCGUCGAUAAUAAGUGCCAAUCCGUCCGCCACCGUGAUUAUGACUUCCUACUGGAAAGAUAAUCGCGACUUUCAUCCGAUUAAUGUCCAUAUCGAACGGACCGUGGCACAGAAGUAUGAUGAAAACGUUGAUACGUUAGAUAAUCAAUUUGUGUCGACGAAUUAUUUGGAUUGGUUGUGUACGAAGGUGCUACAAGCCGCAGUUCGUCCAGCUGGAAACAAUACAUUGCCCGAUGGUACUUUACUUCAUCCCGAGGAACCCGACAAUGGCGUCGUGGCUAUCAUAACCAUCGCUGUUUCGAUCGUUGUUAUUUUGGUACUAGGAUCGAUAAUACUGUGCUGUUAUCGACAUUUCAUGCAUCGAAAUUUGACUUCAAUGAAUUUCGAUAAUCCCGUCUACCGUAAAACGACUGAAGAUCAAUUCAGUUUGGAAAAGAAUCUACCAGCUCGAAUGUAUCCCAGCACAGUUGACGAAGAGACUCAAGAACCGCUAAACAAACCCGGAACAAAUGAAUUUGUUUAAAAUAAAAAAUUGAGAUGUUAGAGAAACGAAGGAGGAAUGAAGGUCCACAGUGAUAUAGAUUUAUGUAUAUCGUCACGUAAAAACAAAUAUGAACGCAUCCCAGUUAAUAAGGAACCAUAACAAGAACAACAGUAAAUUAUUUUCGUACAUACGAUUUUGUAAAAUCAACUAAAUUAUAAAUGUAAAACUUACAAAAACAAAAAUGGUAAAUUUUGUUAGUCAACACAAACUGAGAGAAAAAAGAAGAAAAAUUUGGAAUGUUUGUGGAAUGCAGUGAAGGUGUUACGGAACAAAAUGAAAACAUCAACAAUAGAAAUCGAAUGAAAAAGACAAAAUAAUUAACAAAGAAACAAAAGCCAUAAAGAUUUUUGCUCAUUUUGUACUCACUAAUUUUUGUUUUUAAUUUUAAUUAGGGGAAAUUUUUUAAAUUACUAAAUUAUGUUCGCGUAUGGGGCUGUUUAUUGUGUUACACAGUAGACAAAUGAUAAAUUAAUUUAUAAGGAAGAGAAAAAAAAUGAUAAUGGGAAAGGUGAAAAUCAUUUUGAUUGAACCUCUAAAAAAUUGAGAGGAAAAGUUUUGCUUUACCGAAAUAUUUACGUAAAUAAAUGCAACAAAAAAGAAAAAAAAAAGAAUCAAAAAUAGUCGUAGCAACAAAAUUCAUUUCGAUUUUGAAUCUAAAAAAUUUGUUUUUUUUUUGUUUUGUUGAUUUGUUUAAUUUUAAAAUUGAAAAGUGAAAGUUAAAAAUUAAUUAAAAAAAAUCGUCAGAUAAAUAUAUAAAACUAGAUGUAUGUUUUUAGAUAACACACAAAAAAAUAUUAUUGAAAAUAACUAUAAACAAUUGUAGGUGUAAGAAAUGAAAUGGAGUUUUUAUGUUUAAAAAAAGUGGAAAAUUUAAAUUUAAAAAAGAAAUAUUUAAAAAGAAAACAAACAAAAAAAUCAGAGAGAAUUGUAUAUAUUAAGAGUUAACUUUGACCUUUGUUAACUAUAAUUUAUGGAAUUAAGUGAUUAAUAUAUAUGGGAAAAAUAUAAAAAAAAGAAGAAAAAUUGAGGUCGAAUGUUUACUAAUGUCAAAUAAGCUCAAUUGUGCGAAUAAAAAAUUUUUUGUUUUUAA